AUGAAGAAACUGGGGCACAGAGAAGCUAUAGAGUAGCAGUAGACCCAGAAUUUGAACCGGACUUGUCUGGACAGAGUCUGUAGUCUUCCUGGGAACUUGUAAAGUUCAGCCUGUGAUCUUGUGAGGCUGGCAUGCAGGAUGGCAGGACAGCCCAGCCACAUGCCUCAUGGAGGGAGCCCGAACCACCUCUGCCAUGCGCUGGGGCCUGCACCCCCUCCAGACCCACAGAGGCACCCAAACACCCUGUCUUUUCGCUGCUCGCUGGCAGACUUCCAAAUUGAGAAGAAGAUUGGCCGAGGACAGUUCAGUGAAGUCUACAAGGCCACCUGCCUGCUGGACAGAAAGACGGUGGCUCUGAAGAAGGUGCAGAUCUUUGAGAUGAUGGAUGCCAAAGCCAGGCAGGAUUGUGUCAAGGAAAUUGGUCUCCUAAAGCAACUGAACCAUCCAAACAUCAUCAAGUAUCUGGACUCCUUCAUCGAAGACAAUGAGCUGAACAUUGUGCUGGAGUUGGCUGACGCGGGUGACCUCUCACAGAUGAUCAAGUACUUCAAGAAGCAGAAGCGGCUUAUUCCUGAGAGGACCGUGUGGAAGUACUUUGUGCAGCUGUGCAGCGCUGUGGAGCACAUGCAUUCCCGACGUGUGAUGCACCGAGACAUCAAGCCUGCCAACGUGUUCAUCACAGCUACGGGCAUUGUGAAGCUUGGUGACCUCGGCCUGGGCCGCUUCUUCAGCUCGGAGACCACUGCAGCCCACUCACUAGUGGGAACACCAUACUACAUGUCACCCGAGAGAAUCCACGAGAAUGGCUACAACUUCAAGUCAGACAUCUGGUCCCUUGGCUGCCUGCUGUAUGAGAUGGCAGCUCUCCAGAGCCCCUUCUAUGGAGAUAAGAUGAACCUCUUCUCCCUCUGUCAGAAGAUUGAACAGUGUGACUACCCGCCUCUCCCGGGGGAGCACUACUCUGAGAAGCUUCGGGAACUGGUCAGUAUGUGUAUCUACCCCGACCCUGAUCACCGACCUGACAUUGGAUAUGUGCACCAGGUGGCUAGACAGAUGCAUGUCUGGACAUCCAGCACCUGAAUGCAACACACCUCAUCAAAGCCAAAAGUCACUUGUCUUACUUGAGUCCUCUCCCCAAGUGGAACCUGGAAGCCCCCACAGCCAAGACCAGAGGACUUUCAGCUGGCUCCCAAAGCAGCUGCCUCUGCCACUGAGCUGAAAGCAGCGGGGUUAUGGUCAAACUCCAAAGUCCUUUCUUUGAACUGUUGCAGACGAUCUGAGCUGGGCUAUUAGUGGGAGAAGGGGCUUGGCAGUCAUGGAAACCCCUUGUACCUACUGAAAUGUGAACCUCUGCCUGGUUGCUUCAGACCUGGCCAGGCCCACACUGUCAGGAGACUUGAAGGGAGCUGGGUGACUGGUGUGGGCGAGCCUUUGCAAAUGGUUACCACCAGUUGGUUUAGUUCUUAGUACCUUUCCAUACAAUCAGACUGUGUGCUUCAUUUACUCUCUUGUAAAGAGAUACAAUGGAAAUAAUGGUUUAGAGUAGAGAUUUCGCUAGUAUUUUUCUCUGCAUUUUCUAAUUUGAUGAGUGACAGUGAGGAGCACCUAGCAUUGGGCAUUUCGACGUAAGAGGCAUCUGGGAGGUAGGAGGGCUCUCCUCCAUCUUCUUAGCCCUGCCACAUACUAUCAUCUCCUGCUGGAAUGCUAUGGCUCACUUUAGGAUCAGUGCGGGGCACUUCAUCCAUCCAGCAAGAAAACUCCAGAAGCUUUGCUCUCACACUGCUCUUUACAAAUUCUGGUUCUGUAUCUUCCUAGUGACUUGCGCAAGUUUGUUGGCUUUUCUGAGUCUUUGUUUCCUCCAUCUGUAAAUGGGACUAAUAAGGUAUCUAUCUUCCAGGUGGCUGACAGGAUUUAAAACAAAAGAAGUUACUUACUUAGCAAUGGCAGCCUAACCUUGUAAUCCCAGCAUUUGAGAGGUAGAAGCAGGAGGCUCAAGAAUCCAAGGUUGCCCUGGGCACUAUAGGAAGUUUGAGACAGGAGUGGACUACGUAAGAAACAAACAAACACCAAACCAACAGAGAGGUGCAAAUCAGCUAGCCGUGGCAGGUGAUCCAAAAAACAUGGCCUGUCAUCCCUUCAGAAAUCUCAAGUCAUGGACCAUUCGAGUCAAGAAUUAAAAUACAACUGUAUUAUGUGCAGGAAAAGCAGAAAUAUGUUCAUUUUCUUUUUGUUUCCAAUAGGAUUAACUGUGAAGACUAACUUAUAAAUGUGAAUUUAAGGAAACUUAA